AUGUUCUCUCGUCCUUCACAUAUACAAAUAUCCUCUUUCUCUUUCAAGCACACUACUCUUCUUCUUAAACCCAAAACGAACUCUACCCUUUCACCAUACAGAGAAAUUCCUAAUGAAAUCGCAAGCUACAAGACAGAACCAUGGAGACAAAGAAAACCCACAACCAUAAAUAAAGCAAAACCAAACCUGAUGAAAGUGUUGAUCGACUCUAACAUAGGGUGGCCCAGCGGAUCCGGGAUUGGGGUUAGUUCGGAUGUACGUCAAAAUCGAGAGGGUUGCGGUGUUGAUCAGGGUCGUCUGAUGUUGUGGUGGUUCGACGGCAGAAGAGGGUCGACUGAGUGCGGAGGAGGUGGAGCGUUUUGCAGGUGCCACGACUGA